GUGGGUGGGUGUGGGUCGGUGGAGGCCAGGUUCCAACAUUGUUUGACGACUGUCCAAUCAGGAAUGUGGCCAGAGCCGAGGGCAGGGUUUUAAAACCUCGCGGGCUUUCUCUGGAGCCUGCCAUCUUGAACGCCUGUGGGAGCUUCUGGUCCUCUGCUGCAGAGGUGCAGAAGUUUUUGGGUUCCUUGUCGCCCUGUGACCUGUUCCCCGCGUGGCGGUACCGGAUACUCACGGAUACCUCGGAAGCCAGGAGAUGGACCUGAUGACAUUUGGUGAUGUGGCCAUUCAUUUCUCUCCAGAAGAGUGGGAAUGUCUGGACUGUGUUCAGCGGGACUUAUACAGGGAUGUGAUGGUGGAGAAUUACAGAAACCUGCUGUCUGUGGUGGUAUCUUCUCAUUAUACCCAAUACAUUUCAUCAAAGGAGAACAUAAAGCAUUCAUUCCAAGAAGUAAUAAGAAGACAUGAAGAGUGUGGCAUUGACAGUUCAUAUUUAAGGAAAAAAAGGGAAAGUGACUCAAAAGAUCUUCAUCUGAGUUCCCACCUUCAAGACAAGGCUUACAAAUGUAAAGAAUGUGGUAAGGCCUUUAAUAGUUGUUCAUAUCUUAAUGUGCACCAGAGACUUCAUACUGGAGAGAAACUCUUUGAAUGCAAAGAAUGCGACAAAGCCUUUAUUGAUUGUUCAGCCUUUACUCAGCACCAGAGAAUUCAUACAGGGGAGAAACCUUACGAAUGUAAAGAGUGUGGCAAAACCUUUAACAAAUGUUCAAACCUCAGAAAACAUCAGAGAAUUCAUACUGGAGAGAAACCUUACAAAUGUCAAGGUUGUGGCCGAGCUUUUAACCAAAGCUGGCAUCUUAGUCGACACCAGAGAGUUUGUGUUGGAGAAUGUGGCAAGUCCUUUAUCAAGUGUUCCACUCUUAGACAACGUCAUGCCAUUCAUACCGGAGCAAAGCCCUACAAGUGUAAGGAGUGUGGUAAGACCUUUGUUCAUAUUUCAGUUCUUACUCAACACCAAAACAUUCACACUGGUGAGAAGCCAUUCAUAUGUAAAGAGUGUGGCAAAGCCUUCAGCAAUGGUUUAAGCCUGAAACGACAUCAUGUAAUUCAUACUGGAGAGAAGCCCUACAAGUGUAAAGAGUGUGAGAAAGCCUUUACUCAGAUUUCAAAACUUUGUGAGCAUCAGAGAGUUCAUACUGGUGAGAAGCCCUAUAAAUGUGAAGAAUGUGGCAAAGCCUUUCACAAAUGGCCAUCAUUUAUGUACCAUCAUCGAACUCAUACAGGAGAGAAACCCUAUGAAUGUAAAGAGUGUGGCAAAGCUUUUACCAAAGGCUCGGAUCUCAGAAGACAUCACAGAGUUCAUAGUGGAGAGAAACCCUACACAUGUAAAGAGUGUGGCAAAGCUUUUACCACAAGCUCAAGUCUUAGAAAGCAUCAUAGAAUUCAUACUGGAGAGAAGCCCUACAAAUGUGGACAGUGCAACAAAGCCUUUAGACGUUGUUCGCACCUCACUGUACAUCAGAGAAUUCAUACUGGAGAGAAACCCUACACAUGUAAAGCCUGUGGCAAAGCCUUUUCCAGAUCUUCAAUCCUUAGUCAUCAUAGCAGAAUUCAUACUAGAGAGAAGCGUUCCUGAUUAUGGCAAGCUGUGUGCAUGUGUGCAUGCAUUCAUAUGUGUAUGCAUAUGCACGUGUGCACAUGCAUGAUGGCAUGUGUGGAAUUCAGAGGUCAAUAUUGGUUGUCUCUAUUGCUCUCUACCAUUUUAUUUUUUAAAAUUACGUUAAACAUUUUGUUUUGUGUGUUAAUGUGUACAUGUGGGUGUGCA